AUGGGUGCUAUUCUUCGCUUCUCUCUCGUCAUCGCACUAGCCUUCGCAUGCCUGUCACUCGAUAUGGCGGCUUCACCGGGAAAGGCGGCUCGUAUCCGUGCCGCCGAGAUCGACGCGAGCUCUAUGCGCGCUCUCCAAGCCUACUACUACCGCAGUCUGCUGGAAAGCGAGCUUGCGGCGGCUGAUUCAGCAGAUUCGGUGAACCUGGACAUGGCUGCGAGCAGCGGCGGGGAGGAGGAGGAAAUGGGGGAUAGUACCACGGAUGGCGUUGUGGUUGAGGUAGGGCGAGAGCUGUUUGGCUGGCCGCAGGGCGUGAAGGACAAGUUCAACAACGCCAGAAACAACGUCAAAAACAGUGUCGAGAGCGCCAAAAACAAUAUCAACAACGCCAAAAACAGCAUCGCGAAUGGCGUCAAAUCCGGUGUCGAGACCGUGAAAAACACGGUCGUGACCGUCGCGAAAGAUCCGAAUGUGAAGAAAACAAUCAAGGAUGCGGGGCGCACGGUAGGGGAGAUCGCCAAGGAAACGGUGUCAACGAGCGGGAAGGACGCGCUCGUGAAUGCGGGUGUGGGUUUCGCCGCGGGCGGAGUGGCGGGGGCAGCGGCGGCGGGUAGCGGAACGCUCCUGCGUGGCGCAGAGGCCGUGACGAUGCGCCGGAUCAACAGCCGUGGUGCACCCGCAGCGCGUGCAGCUGUGAGUACUGCUUCUGUGAUCUGCAAGCUGCAACAGCGGCGCCAGGAGUAG